CUGUUAUCAUUUAUCUCAGCGAUAGAUGUUUUCAGAAUACUUCGAAAAGACGUUCUUCAUCAGGACAAAUAUAAACACUCCUAUCCUUACGACUGGCGGACUAAGAAGCCUGUGAUUAUCCGAAGUAGUGCCCAAUGGUUCUUUGAUGUGUCGUCAAUUGGGAAGCGUGCAGCCGAGCUUGCUGAAGGAAUCAAGAUUGGUAGCGAUGAUUCGGAUUUGUCCAACACACUACGACGAAUGGUGUCAUCGCGGCCGUCGUGGUGUAUUUCUCGUCAACGUGUGUGGGGAACGCCUAUACCGGCUCUUGUGGAUGCAAACGGAGGUGCAUAUAUAUCCAAAGAACUGGUGGAGCAUGUCGCCGAUCUUGUUGCUAAACAAGGGCCUGACGUCUGGUGGACGUGUUCUAUUGACGACUUGGUGACAGAGAAGGUAUUGAAAUCUCUGAACCUUUCAUCAGCUAAGGGACUGUCGAAAGGAACAGAUAUAAUGGAUGUGUGGAUGGACAGUGGAGUGGCAUGGCAUUGUGCCAGAAAUGCGUAUGAUGACGCUGAUGCUACUCGUGCGACCGAUGCAGUGCUCGAAGGCGUGGACCAGUUUCGUGGUUGGUUCCAGUCGCUCCUUGCUCACAUCUGUGGCUGUACAGGUGAGGAUGCUCUCCCCUAUAAACGAGUCCACGUUCAUGGAUUUUGUGUUGACGACAACAACAGGAAAAUGUCAAAAUCUCUAGGAAAUGUAGUGGAUCCAGAAACGGUUACCGAUGGUUCUCUUCGUCAAAAAGCAUUAGGUGCAGAUGGUUUGAGAUUGUGGGUAGCCCUCUCUGCUGGUGAAUCAGUGAGCGAGUCAAAAAUUGGUGACAAGGUUCUGGCCGAUGUGGAGUUGAAGCUGGUAUCAAUUCGAAACUCGCUACGUUUCCUGCUUGGCGGCUGUUACGGUUAUGAAGGCAGUCGUCCUCAAGCACCACUUCCUCUUCUUGAUCAGUGGAUCUUACGUAAGGCUCAACAGUUUGGUGUGCGAUGUGUGGAAAACUACGAAAACUACCGAUUCCGCUCGGCUGCACUUGACAUCCUGCACUUCGCUCAGCGCACUUUGAGCGCUCAUUACAUUAGCCUGGUCCGUGAUCGUCUGUACUGUUCAAGAAUAGGCUGCAAUGAUCACACUUCUGUACAGUUCACUUUGCACAGGUAA